AUGAUAAUUACUGGAUGCGGUCACUUUUACUAAAAAAUAAAGUAAUUGGGUUCUGGUUCUUUUGGAUCUGUCUAUUUGGUCAAAGAUCUUAACACUCAAUAUGAAUUUGCAUGCAAAAUUGUAAUUAUUACUUUAAGAAUUUUGAAGAUUUCGAAACAUCUAAUUAAUAUUUAUAAUGCAUCAUAGAUGAUCUAAAGUGAGAUUGCUAUACAUUCUUCUUGUAAUCAUAAAAAUAUUGUUAAACUAUAUUCAUAUUGGGAAGAUUAAAACAACAUCUAUAUUCUACUUGAAUAUUGUAGCAAAGGCCAUCUAAUUAACCCAAAGACUUAAUUCACUGAAGAUGAAAUAUUCUAGAUUUUCCAUCAAAUUCUAAGUGGUGUUGACUAUCUUCAUUAAAAUAACAUAAUACAUAGAGAUUUGAAAGUAAUCAUCUAAAAUUACUAUGUAGUUUGAAAAUGUACUUAUACAUGAAGAUGGAACUCUUAAAUUAUGUGAUUUUGGAUGGGCUAUCAAGGUUCAAUAGUUACCAGUUGAAAAUGUGAUGUGUGGUACUACUGAAUAUAUGCCACCUGAAGUAGUAUCAAAAUAAGUACUGGAUUUUAAAGUUGAUUCUUGGUCAUUAGGAGUUAUCCUAUAUGUACUUAAAUAUUCUUAUAAUAUAGGAAUUAUUGCAUGGUUCUUUCCCAUUUAUUGGACAUGAUCAAUAGGAAUUAGUCUAAAAUAUUACUAUGAAUCAAUUAAUAAUUUCUAGAAGAAGUGAUAUUAGUGAAGACUUAAUCAACUUAAUUCAAGCAUUGUUGAUCAAAAAUCCUGAAUUAAGACCUAGUGUAUAAUAAAUAUAUUUAUGUAAAUGGGUUAAGCGAUGUAUGAAGACACAUAAUCUUUUCAAUCAUUAUGAAAAUGAAUAAUUGAAAUUGAAGAUCAAACAAAAAAAUAUAGCUCUAAAAGUUGUUCAAGAUGUUAAAUAGUAAUGAUUUUAUUAAUAUUAUAUAGUUUAACACCAAAUAUUAAAAUUAAGAAUUCACAAGAGGAUAUUGAUGUCAAAUUAAUAAAUAGUGUAAAUACAAUCUAAUCACAAUCUACAAAUACAUCUCCAAAACCUAACAAAUAUGUUGAUAAGUUUUUUAGUUUUAUAGAAUUAUUUAAAAACUUUUGA